GGUCUUUUCACUGGGGGUUGGCACAAUAUCCGGAAGACAGCCAGAUGGAAGAAACCCCGAACAUAAUUUUCCAGCGGUUCUUGUAAACAGCGGCAUUUUAUAACUUGUGUAAAUAGUUCAAUGAGCAUAGUGUAUACACUUUUUAUUUUAAAGUUAAGAUUAUUUAUAUAAAAUUAGCUUCAAUGAAGAAACAGCGAAAGAAAUAGCCCGACUCCCGAGUGGCAGGAGCAACAGCCCUCCUUUACCGUCUAUUGCACCUGAGAAAAGGUGAAAAGUGAAGGCAAAACUCGCCUGAGGUCUUGGCACAGAAGGUAAAACUUGUUGCUUUUAACUUGCAAGUACACAUAAGUGAUUAAUCAUGUAGUUAAAAGUCUUUUUGUCUCCCUGUGUGUUUCCCUGUAUUGAAAUGGUUUGAGUUUGGGCAUCACAUUGCACGUCAUUUCUGCAGUGCCAUCUUGCAAUCCCACAGUCACAUAGUGAAGCUUUCUGUUAAAGUUAUAUAACAAGCGAGUUUAAAAAUAUACUUUUCAAAGCUGUCUCUCCCCAUUAUCUUCUUUCUGUUGUGACUCAACACUUUUGAGAAACUUAUUUAAAAAACAAAAUGACAACACAUUUGCAUAUGUCAUUAUGUCGCCCUUGUCUAGUAAAGUUAAAAUUUUGAUCAGUAGUAGUCUACAGUAUCUGCACUUCAAAAGACAUUGUUAAAGUGUGUGUAAAUGUGCUUAUGUCUAAGCAAUUAAAAUGUAAACCCUGUGUGUUUCAUUUGUCUCUCCUCAGGUCUAUGACAAGUUGAAACAUGAGAUUAACAGGUUUGGACAGCUCUAAAAACAACUGUGUUGGAAUUAGUUGAUCUGGUUCUUGUCAAUGUGUCUUUAGCUUGAAUGUAAGUUUUCUUGUUUGUCUUGACAGGGCCCCUGAGAGCUGUGGCUGUGCUGUUGUUGGUAGGGCUCACCUGGCUGCUGGCAAACUCCUUGUUUGGAGGGGACAGCGGUUCAUCUGUGAAGUUUUUCUUCUCUGGUAAGAGAAACAGUUCUUAACAGACUGGCAUUUAUAGAUUUGUCAAGAAUUAAUCGAGAACAAUUUGUCAUACAAAUUUGCAGAUAUUAUUUGGUUCUGUUUGCUACAUGUCAGGUUUGGGGAGACUUGCUUUCUUUAAUCAAGCUAGUGGAAUAUUGUUUUUUUUAAGUUUUGGCCAAGCCCAUAAAAGCAAAUAAAGAACAUCACAGAUGACUCAAUUAAUUUCAUUGACAAGACUCAUUUACUCCAAAAAUUAUGUUAGAAGCAAUGCAAAGGUUCAGUUUUUAUGUGUUGUCUUCACCUCAGUACAUGCUUGCUAGAGGGUUUUGGUCUAAUCAAACAAAGGCUCCUGAUAUGAUAUUACUUCAUUCAAGUGAGACAAUUCUGUAUUUUUUCAGGUGCCAGUGAGGAACCAACACCUGGUAAGAAAAAUAACCAUUUUAUGACCCUAUUUAAAAUGUCACGAGAAGCACCAUGACUUUGAUGUAACUUUUACUAUCUUUCAUAUGAUCUCUACUGUAUCACGUCUUUGCAGAAACCCGUCCUCGAAGGUAUAAAUGUGGACUCACGGCUCCCUGUCCCCCCAAACACUUGGCCUUCCGCCUAGUGUCCGGUGCUGCCAACGUCAUAGGGCCAAAAAUAUGCCUUGAGGAUAAGAUGUGAGAUUCUGAGCUUGCCAAUUCUUUUCUGUUAUGUACGUCUUUGUCUCCCCUGCUGUCUCACUCCUCUUUUUGUUUUUUUCUUGUUUCACACUCUGUUCUUUUUUCCCCCCUUUGCUGUCAUAACCAGGCCUCAAAGUCUGUCUUGGGAGCUGAAUGCAAGUAUUGUUUCACUCUGUCCCCCCUCCCCCCACUUCUUUUGUUUUUGUCUGUAGUUGGUCCUUUCACAUUUUUUUGUGGUUUCUUGAGUGUCAGGCAGCUUGAAAGUGGAAGUGUGUGAAUAAUUCGUAUGUGAUGGGCAAGAAAGUUCUUUAAUCUCAUUAAUCCUCAUGUACAGGUUAGUGAGCAGUGUGAAGAACAACGUUGGCAGAGGACUAAACAUAGCUUUGGUCAAUGGUAAGAACAUUAUCUUUCUCCUAUGUAACUAGCUAUGAUUUAUGUAAACUGCUAUUUUGGUAACAUCUGACUGGUGUUUCUUCCUUUAGGGGUUACAGGAGAGUUGUUAGCCUCGAAGGUUUUCGAUAUGUGGGCAGGAGGUAAUAAAAACCAGACAUAAAUGCAAAGAGUGCAUGUACUGCACAUCACAUCUGGUACAUAUGAUUUCUCAGUGACAAGCUGUAAACCACAGUUCAUACCUCAUCCGAUGUUUGUUCACAGAUGUUUCUGAGCUGUUGAAGUUUCUCAGGCCGCUCCAUGAAGGCACACUCGUGUUCGUUGCUUCCUUUGAUGAUGCAGCUACAAAGUAAGAAUCCAUGGUUUGCUAUCAGUUCCAGUCCAACACCCUUCUCUUUCCACCUUUGAUGCAUCUCAAAGCAAUUUCCCUUGAUAAAUGUCAGCCAAAGCUUAAAAGUCUUAGUACAAUGUAUAGAUAAAAAAAAGCAUCAAAAAUUUUUAUAUUUUUUUUUAACUCAUCAGGAAAAAAAAACUAGAUGAAAAUUCUUUUUUUUUUUUUUCAAGAUUGUACAGUCCACUAAGCCUCUGGCAGACUAAAUAUAAUAGAUGUCCACAACAAAUUUCAGCAGUGUGAUGGAGCAGAAGUUGACAGAUUUUGUUCCAGUCAGCCAAGGUCAUGUAUACAUUAAGCAGAACACCUACAACCGGAUAUGUCUGCCUCCAAGUAUGAGGAAACAAUUUGACAGAAUUCAAAAGUGUUAAUACCAGGCAUGCUUGGAAUUGCUCUUUAAGAACCUCUUACUUCAAACGUGCCACUAAAAUACAUUUUGAAGGGGGAAAACAUAGCAGCCAGAAAAGGUCAUGAAAAUACAAGUUCCCCAUGGAAGAUUGAUUGGUGUCAAGGAUCACUAUUUUAUUUCAGGGAAACAUUUUGAUGCUACUGAGGGGCUUGUUUGUUAUGGAGCACUUUGGGACUUGUCUGUGAAAGGUGCUUUUUUCAUAAAGUUAAUCUGCUUACUUACUGCUCAUUUGUUAAAUAACCUACUUGUUUUCAUUCCGUGAAGCAGAAUGAGUGUAAUUAUGAAACUCUUUCUGUUUCCUGCAAAGGCCAUAAAGGGUUGAAAACAUAACAGGGUUUUAAAGUGGUUAAACCAUGUGGGUGGAGCCUUCAGAGAAAUGGCUGUUACCUGUUUUAGCCUUUUACGUUGACGAAAGCAUGCCUCUAGCACAUUUCUACUCAUAUUAACAUACAAAACCUGCUACUGUGCCUUCAGGAUGAACGACGAGACUCGGCGACUGUUUGAAGAACUGGGAAGCACAGCAGUGAAGGAGCUGGCUUUCAGAGACAGCUGGGUGUUUGUUGGAGCCAAAGGAAUUGAGAACAAGAGUCCUUUUGAGCAGGUACGUCACUGUAGUUACAGAUUAUGAUCAGAGACAAAGGAUAGUAAUUAUUAAGCGUAUAGUUGAGCAGUACGUGAAGUAGAUAAUUUAUUUAUCAGAAACAUAUGUGACAAUAUUUCCACUUUGAACUGUCAUUGUAAGCAGAAAUUUGAGCAUGCCUCCACGGUAACGUCUCUGUUUAUCUCUGUGCUGUUCUGAUGUUAGAUUAGUGAUGCUAUCACAGUGGCAGACAUGGCCCUGGAAAAACUCAAAAGAAACCUUUCCAGUCUGGGGGAAUUUUUUGCAGCUGCUUUCUAAACCUGAUGAUAGCUUUCAAAUUGAUGAUGUCAAUUAUUUUUCUACAUAGUGACAUAUUUCACUUUAUGCCAGUAAGGGGAUUUCUGUUGGAUGGGAACUCAAUUAUUAGAAAGGCACUUGGCGUGAAAAGUCUGGUACAUUGUGCUCGUACAAAAGUUAAAAAUUAUGAAUCCAAUAACUUUUGCAUGUGCUGGAAAAUGGAUUCAUCAUGUUAAAUUGCUAAAUCUUAUUCAGUGUGUACUCGGCCCUCUGUUUGAGCUGCUGUCCUCAGGGCAGCUGACCCAUUUGUUUUGCUGACAUCAACUCUUUUACCGUGAUUGUUCCCUUCAGCGAAUGAAGAACAGCAAGAGCAGCAACAAGUAUGAAGGUUGGCCUGAGUCUUUGGAGAUGGAUGGCUGUAUCCCCCUCCGUCCACCCCUGGAAGGAUGAUCCUGCCUGGUACUCUCUCACGUUAACAGUGCAGUAACAGCUGGAGUGAUAGCAGUGGAUCCAAAUGACUGUAACAAAGCCAUGUAACUGCCAAACAACUGGAACUGUCUGAUGUCUUGGCUAUAAGCCACACUUUAUUUCCCUCCUGUUGCUGAGGUAUGAGCUGACAACAAAGACUGUUUUGGGACUUGAUUUAUUCAAAAUUGCUGGAACUUUUAGAGGAUGUCUGUAUGAAGCUUUGUUCACCACUACACAUGGAAACAGGGAAAACUAUGUGUUGGGUUAAGUGAAACUUGAGAAGCCAAAUGUUUGUUGACCAAAGUGUAACUACGACUCAUGAAUGAAAACAGCUGGAGUAGGUCUUCCAAAGCCAGUGUUGGAAAUUGAUAUAUUUCCUUUGUGCAAGCCUGCCUGUAGAGUGUCAAUAUUCUUGAGCAACAGGAAUAUGAACAGUUUGAAUUCUUGCACAGUUAAUGCACAGAAGAUAACAAACUUGCCUAACAGGUUUGGGUUUCGGAAAACCUAAUCCAGCUCAGCAUAAGAAAAUGUUAAAGGUACACUAACAGUUUUAAUGACAUGCUAAGUAACAGGCUGUGAGUAGAUUUUAUAUUUAAAUAUGUUAAUAUAUUAUCACCCUGUGAUACAUAUUUCAUGGUUAUGCCUAGUGCUUGCUGCCACAGUUUCCUUAGAACUUGAUGCAUUGCAGUUAUUGUUUGCCACCAGUUUACAGACUUCUUUAGGCAAUGUUCUUCUUGGUCAUCUACCUUUUUAAUGAAUUUAUUUAUUUUGAUACUUUUUCAAAUAGGCCUUCAUUGUGUGGGAUCUUCUUAACACUUUCAUUUAUUAUAAAGUUGUCCCUAGCUUGCAGGCGUCUUUUCGCCGAGUACUUCUUUUUAGAAUUCACUCUACAUGUGUGGUUGUGUCUGUCAUUUUUAAAGGUUGUAUUUUUAAAGGGGUAUCUUGCAAGCCUGACAUGUAGGAAAUGUAUAGAAAUAAAUACAUCAUUGUAAAUGUUUGAGAGGUCGAUUUUAGACACUUUGGCUGAUUGUAAUGUCUUCCAAGUGAAAAUAUUUUCUUUGAAGCAUUACAGUCUGUCUUUAUAUUGUUGUAACGAUGUCUAUGAAUAAAGAGUCUGAACUUAUGUCUUUUAUUCGUUCAGUCCCCGCCCCCGUC